AUGGCAUGGGUUUGGCACGGCAUCCUCAAGAGGCUCAUGAGGCUUGCCAAGUUUUGCACUGGAGAUCAAUGUCGCUAUGGCUUGAAGGAUCCAGAAGCCUACAGUCAUCAACAGCUCAUUGGACACAACAGAUUCGGUCUUCGCUCCAAGUUGGCCGCGAGUUAUCGCAAGGAGUUGUGUCGAGCAAUCUGCCGAGGGAUUUUGCAAAGCGUGCAGAUUGACUAUGUGGCCAACGUUGCUACACCGGCAGUUUUUGCAGCAGGAGAUGAGGAAGUUGAUGAUUUUGAGGAGCCACAGCAGAUGGAGGACCACCCCAUGGGCGUUUCAGAGCAUCCAGGAGAAACAGAGGAUUUCUGGAGCGUGGAGGGUCUGCUCAGAGUUCAUGUGAUCCCGUUCACACCUACAGCGUCCAUGGAGAUGCCUAUUCCUUUUGAGCAACUACUAGAUGGCCGCCGAACUCACAUGGUUUUUGAAGAUGAGAGCAAACAGGUCAAGGAUGGUGGCUGGAUGCGCAAUCACCUGGACAAUCGCUGGCAAGCAGAUCAAUACUGGACUGGCCGAACAGAGUUCAGGUUUAAGGGUGAGGGUCCAAGAGAUCUCCAACCCCUGCUGGAGGAGAGCGGGGUAGGUGAAGGAGAAGCCUUGGAGACUCCACCUGUUCGGAAACAGAAGGUCAAGAACUAUGACAAGACGCUGAAACGACGGCGGGUCAGGACCAGACAGCUGCAGCGACGGUUCUGGACAGUGGUUGAGGAUCCGGUUUCCAAGGAUCUUUUGCAGAGGACGCUUGAUAUGAUGAUUGAGCAAGGUGUUGGAGAACGGUUGAGGAUUCAUGUGGAAGAUGAACUGGGCCGUGAAUGGGCAGCACAUGAAUCCGCCCAUGCUGAGGUCACCCUGAUCUUAGCUUCAAGAACGGCUCGGAGAAUGAAGAAGCCACAGCCACAUGCAGGUCCACAAGAAGUUCCCCUUCGCGGGUCCUACCUUCUCUUGGGAUCGGGACAAGCAUUGUCCACUCAAUGGGAGGAAUGGCACCGCAUGGCAGCAGCAGCACAGAUUCGACCCCUGGUGGCAAAAGACAGAGCAUUGAUGGCGGCUCGCGAAGGCUUUGCCAACGUCGCCAAUAGUGAGUCCUUGCACCGUGCAGAGUUGAGACAAGUUCGACCUUCCAGAGGCAUUUUGUUGGCGGUAUCUCCAGAGCAGUUGAGUUUAGCAGUUGAUGAUGAGAUACAACAAUGGCUCAUUGAUGCAAAAGAGACUGAACUCAUUGAUGCUAUGCCGGCAGCAGGUGGUACAGGAUUUUUGGAUUUGAGACGAGCACCAAAGCCUGAUCCGAUGCCACUUCAAAAUGAGGAGGAACCUCAGCCGUUUGCAUUGGAUAGAGAGAUGCCCUACUCUCCCAGCGAAGCACCGUCGCUGAUUGAGGAGAUGCCUGCAGUUGAUGCCCCAGCGGAAGCUGAGCCUGACGAUGCAGCUCCACCCGAGCCAGCUCCAGAGGACCAGAGUUUGACCCUGAUCUUGAUGAUUACCAUACACCACCACCAGCAGCAGGAGAUGCACAUCGAGGCACUCACCCCGGCGGAGACAGCAGCAGCCGUUGACACACAGUACGCCACGCUGCAGCAUCAGCGGAAGCAACCCCAAGCCAGAGAUGAGGAUGAGGACAUGGACGGGGGACAUCGUGACGUGAGAGGGCAGCGCAAAGGUGAGGGCAAGCAGUCGGGGCACAGGCGCCAGUAG